AUGACCGCUCUGGAGGAGUUCCAGGAACGCGACAGCGGCUGGGCGUUGACGCAGAUAUUAAACCUCACAGUGAAUGUGAACAGUCACAAUCCGAUGCGCGCAAGAUGUCAGAUUAAAAUGUCGCGUGAGGUUCAGCUCAAACGCGCGGUAGUAAACGUACAGUCGCGGGACAAUGCAUGUUUCGCGUGGGCAGUGGUCGCCGCGUUGUAUCCUAGUGCUAAAGACACACAUCGACCGUCGCAAUAUCCCGCGUACGCGAGUGUGUUGAAUUUUGAUGGAAUAGAGUUUCCAAUAACAGUGCAUCAAAUCGCGCGUUUCGAACGCAACAACAACAACGUGUCCGUAAACGUGUUUACAGCGGCGGAACAGCGACACGGAUACGUACCGCUGCACGUCAAACAAGAAGGAGAAGCAUUCAGCUCGCAAUUGAGCAAAAGGAAGACAGCAAAGUACAUAUGUGAUCGUUGUCUACACUACUUCUACACGAACGAUAAGCUGGCAGUACACACCGUAAAUUGUGAACGAUUGAACAACAGCGCAAUCGUUCUUCUCGCUGAGGGAAAGAACUGUUUGAAAUUUGAGAAUUACAACAACAAGGAACGGGUUCCAAUAGUGGUGUACGCCGACUUGGAGUGCGUACUCGAAAAACAGGACAAAGAGGAGAACGCAUCAAGCGCGCACAAGUACCAAAGACACAGUGUGUUCAGCAUCGGUUAUUACGCGAGCUGCGAGCACAUUGACAUCGGAUACAGAUCUCAUAGAAGCGAGAACUGUGUGCAGUGGUUCGUAAAUGAACUGCACGAUCUCGCGAAACGUGCAAAGACCUUGUUCGCGACAAAUGUACUUAUGGCGAAUCUCACACCGGCGGAGCUCAAGCGGUUUCGGAACGCAAAGUGUUGCCACGUCUGCGAACGACCGUUUGAGCGAGAUGACAUGAGAGUACGCGAUCAUUGUCAUCUGACGGGACGCUUCAGAGGACCCGCGCAUUCCGCAUGCAAUCUGAAUUACAAACAGGUUUACGUUGUUCCCGUUGUGUUUCACAACUUGUCGAGAUACGACGCGCAUUUUAUUAUCAAGGAUGUGGCCACCGCUUUCGAGGGUGAGAUCAACGUGCUGCCCGUGACAAAAGAGACCUACAUAUCGUUCACGAAACAUGUGAGCAGUACUCGAGAUGAAGACAAUCAGAAGUGUGUGCAACUGCGAUUCAUUGAUUCGUACAAAUUUCUGAGCGCAAGCUUAGAAAAGCUCGCGUCCUAUCUCGACAAGAGCGAACUGCGAGUGACUCGAACGAAAUUCAGCGAUCUCUCCACCGACGUUGACAAAUUGUUGGAAACCAGUCUACUUUCGCGCAAGGCGUUUUACAGUUCGCUGACCGGUGAAACUGUGACGGAGAGCGAGUACGCGCACGCAACGAAUAUCUGGCGACGAUUCAACAUCAACAAUUUGGGAUCUUACAGCGACCUGUAUCUGAAGACAGACGUACUUUUGCUGGNUGAUGUAUUNGAAAACUUUUGUCGCGAGUGCCUCGCGAGUUCCGACGCCGCGACCAAGAUCUACGUAGACGCUUUCUCGCAAGCGUUCGACGCUGCAAUUAUCUUGGGCGCAAACGUGGACGCGCUCUCGACCACUACAACGAACUCCAUAGCACAAAUUAAGGAAACUGUGGAUAAUCUGCGAGAUAGCUUCGCGAUUGCGUUGUCGCGCGCCGAGGCAACAGAAAAGCGGUUGUCAAGUUUGGAGAAGAUCGCGACACAUUUCGUUGAUCGACGCGAGUUCAACGAUCUUAAAAAAUAUAAGGAACAGUCAAGCAAAGAAAUGACCGAGGCCGUUGAGCAUCUGCGAACAAACGCAUACGACCGAUUGUUGAAGCUGAAGACAAGACCGCGGGGUGCGGAUCCGCGUAAGAUAAAAGACUUAAGAAAAAAUCUGGAUCAAUUUUGCAAAGAAAUGGCGACCUAUCUGCUCGAGAAUUAUCGCGAUGAACUUAUAGCCGGUGGAGUCUACGAGUUGCACGCGGUUACACAUCCGGACGUGUAUCUAGUAGAAAAGGUUCUGCGUCGCCGAAGCAACGAGGUAUUGGUCAAGUGGUUGGGACUAAACAAUUCACACAAUUCCUGGAUAAAUAAGAACAAUGUGGUCUAA